UCCACUUCUGGCUCUCGCUCGUCACUCUUUCGUUGCUGCUUCUUCUCGUCUUCUUCUUCCUCCUGCUCCUCGCCGGCUCGGAACAAAAGAGAGAUGAGCGAGAAGAGCAAUCGUGCCCCCCGAGGCGGCCGCCUCCUGAUCCUCUCCCUCCUCCUGUUCCUCUUCCUCGCCGGCCUCACCGCCCUCAUCCUCUACCUCGUGUACCGGCCCUCCACCCCCCGCUUCUCCGUGGUCGCCGCCGCCAUCUACGACCUCUCCAACGCCUCCUCCUCGUCCUCCCCGGCCACCGCGCUCUCCACCAGCAUGCAGUUCACUCUGGUCAUCCGCAACCCCAGCCGGCGCGCCGCCGCCUUCUACGACCACCUCUCCGCCUACGUCGCCUACCGCGGCCAGCCCGUCACCCCUCCGGAGCCGCUCCCGCCCGUCUUCCAGGAUCCCCAGAGCACGGUGGCGGUGUCCCCGGUGCUGGGCGGCGGGUCGGUGCCCGUGUCCCCGGACGCGGCGGCGGGGCUGGCCGCCGACCAGGCCUACGGCAUCGUGGGGCUCCGGCUCUUGGUAGUGGGCCGGGUCAGGUACAAGUCCGGCCCGUUUAGAGGCCGCUGGAACGGCGUCUACGUCCGCUGCGACGUGCUCGUCGGCUUCAAGAAGGGUCUCGCCGGUCCGGUUCCGCUGCUCGGCGAACCGGACUGCGACGUCGACGUCUGAGCCGGCUUCGGUGCUUAAGCUUAGUUAAUCUCAUGUUAAGUUUGUAAUUUUAACGUGCUUAAGCUUAAUCGACCAACCGCUGUUUCAUGUCAAUCAAUAAACAACAACUCAUUCCCUCAAAAUGUUUAUAUUUUCUACCAAAAAAAAAAAACAAUCUCUAUUGAUUGUGUUUUUUCUUGAAAUUUCUACCAUCUUCUUCUUUUAUGUCAGAGAAAGCACAGUGCUCAGAAGAAUCCAAUUCUUCAUGGAGAUCAGAACAAGAAUAAGCAUUUACUUUGCUUGGAGCAUCCAUUAAUGGUCUCUACUUGAAGCCCAACAUUGUCUUCUUCUUUUUGCUAUAUGGAGGGACCCUGUAAGCACAACUUUAAGAUUAAAAAUUUCAAUUUCACCCAUCUAACUUUCAUAAUUCUAAAAGAUAAAUAUCAUACUCCCAUUGUACA